AUGGCACUCUCAAUCUCUGAUUCCGAGAAAGAUCGCAAACCCAGCUUCAGAGAAUUCCUCGAUGAAGACAUUGCUGAAGAUAUACUCCUCGAAAGCGAACUUCUCCUCCUGUCCUUCGCAACCGGCAUUCAGGACGCCGCCGCCUGGCCGGAUUAUAUGUGUUUUGCCUCCAAUCAAACAGGCAAUACGCUAUUCCUUGCGAUUGGAGUAGCAGGUCUCGCCCACGAUGCAUUCAGCUUCGCAAAUAUCGGCGUGAGCCUGAGUCUUUUCAUUGCCGGCGGUUUUAUAAUGGGCCAGUUGGGAAAUUACUUCGGAGUGAGACGACGACUGUGGUUAUUGAUUAGCAACUUCAUCCAAACAGCACUGGUAUUCUGUGCUUUGAUGAUUCAAUAUGCGUGGCCCAUUCAGCGCGAUGGACCUGCCGCUCUGGCAGUUAUUGCAUGUCUCGCAUUUUCAUCGGGUGCACAGGUUGCCAUGGCCCGUUCUUUAAAGAUCACCGAAAUUACAACUGCGAUGGCGACUGCGGCCUUCAUCGAUGUGGUCAUUGAUCCGAGCUUGACGAAGAUCAAGAAUCGGUUGCGAAAUCGCAGAGUUAUGUUUCUCGUCAUGUUGACGUUGGGUUGUUUUGUUGGUGCUUUCGCACAGCGUGAGGUCAGCUCGUCAUUUCCAAUUAUGCUCUGUGCUAUUGCGAAGGCAAUGGUCAAUGUGGCAUUUUUGUUCAAUCGGCCAAUUACACCAGUCGCAGCAGAUAUGAAAGUUUAG